GAUGGACAUUCCGUCGCACUUCGCUGAGGGCAAAGCGCUGCAGAUCGGGGAGUUUGCAGAUGAGGGUGGUCGGAACUCCGACGAGCGGCUGGACUAUCUGCUAAUGGACAUUCUGCCGCACCUCCCCCAAGACAAGGCCUACCCGCCUCCUAUGAGAGCUGAGCCGCCACAUGAGGCCGACCAGCUGCUGAGCCGCCUCGGCGAGACGGAGAUGAGCCAGGUCUCGAAGAAUAGAGAACGGCACAAGCAUGAACUUUCGACGGCCCGCUUGGAUUUCUGGGAUCUGCACUGGGCCCACUUCCCCAGCGUGCUGAGCGCGCCAAGGGGUGGCGCCGGAGGCGCCGCUAGAGGGUCUAGGGCAGAUCCAAGGUAUCCGCGCGGACCGUUGGAAGUUUAUGUUGGAGUGGGGCUAGGACGAGGAACGAGGAUAAACUGUUCCAGAGCGUUCUGGAACGCCCCCCGAGCGUUCGGGAACGCUCCAAGAAGGCUGCGGCGCCCGAGACGUCCUCCAGAGCCGCCGCACCUCCGAGGCCCUCGAGCGGCCUCUCCCCGUCCAGUCUUCCUCCCUGCCUUGGCUUCGCCUCGCGCCUGUGCCCUGCCGUCCUCCCCUCGAGGUCGCCCUCGAGCACGCGCUCCGGCGCUGGCACGAGCCGGCCUCCGCCUGCGAGGAGCCCGCGCCCGAGCCCGAGCACGCGGGCCCCGCGGGCGCGCCCAGCGGGGGCGCGGCCAUGCCCCGAGGCGCGGC